AUGGAGAAUAAUGAGAAUGUGAUUGACUAUUUCAAUCGAGUGCAGACAAUCACUAAUCAGAUGAAAGCCAAUAGAGAAGUGAUUACUGAGGUGGUGAUCACUGGAAAGAUUAUGAGGAUACUAACACAAAUACGAUCAAAUAGUGAUGAAUACAGAUCCAAGAAAGUACAAAGAGAUGAUGGUGAAGCUCAACUGGCCCAAGAAGACAGUUCUGACUCAUAUGAAGUGUUACUAAUGGCUUCUACAAGCAUGGAGGAUGACUGUCUAGGAUUGUGGUAUCUUGACACAUGGUGCUCAAAUCACAUGAUUGGUCAUAAAGAUUGGUUUGUAAUUAUUGAUGAGAAAAACAAUUUGCUAAGUCUUAGACGAUUGCUGGAGAAAGGAUACUCUAUGAAUAUGGAGAAUGGACAAAUGAAGAUGUUUGAUAAUGCAAAAAGGCUUAUCUUGAAGGCACCAUUGUCCAAGAACAUAAUCUUCAAUAUUGAGAUACAAAUCAAUGAAAAUCAGUGUCUUGCUGCAGAAAUCAGGAGGGAAGACUAG